AUUUUUUACUAUAAAAUAAAAUAUAAAAUAAUAAUAAACCAACGGAAAAAUCUCACGCUCCCUAUCCUAAUCUCCGCUUCUUCUCCUCAACAGACCUCAAUCCUUGCGCCGGCCAACCUACAUCCGCUACCCCACCGCAGCUCGUCACCACCACCGCCACCGCCGCAAGAUUCACUCCUCUCGAGUGGCUUCGCAUCCCCUCCUUGCUCCGAUCCCCAUCCAUGACAACCUGACUGCCGCUUGGAGCCGAAAUCAAUCAAUCGCCGGAUGAAGACCCUUGAAUCGGUUGCUGGUGAGGCUCUACCUUGCUGGUGAUGUUGGCCACAGAAGAAGACAAAGAAGAAGGAAGGAAGAAAACGACAGGAGAGGGGUGGGUUGGUCACUUGAAGGAGAUGGAGAAACUAGAGAAAUCCUCUCUUUUCAUUGGCAAUGCUGCAGGGGGGUUUGCGGUGGAGGAGGAAGCGGGAUCUUCCCGGAUCUGUUCCGUCGCC